UUUUUAUCAAAUAUGGCGGGCAACGAAGUUCCGUUUUCAGAUUCACUCAAAACACAGGCGAAUAUGCAGCAAACUCUACCCUUUCAGAAUGUCCCAAAGGCAGAUGUUUCCGACAAACAAACACUCUUAGCAGUAUUGCAGUUUUUGAAGAAAAAUAAUUUGAAGGGAACAGAAGAAUUAUUGAAAAGAGAGGCUUCCAUAAAAGAUGAUGACGUCCGCCCGCAAACCUCUUCUCAAUCAGAAACUGAUGUUUCGCACGCAUUGGCAGCCUACAAAAGUGCUGAUGACCCAAGUCUGUUUACGGACUAUUAUACAGAUCUAAAAACAUUCAUAGAGUCCUGUUUGGAUGCUCACAAGGUUGAGCUGUCUGUUAUUCUUUAUCCAGUGUUCAUCCACAUGUAUCUUGAAAUGGUCUACAAUGAACAUGAAUCCUAUGCUAUUUUAUUCUUCCGGCGGUUCUCCAAAGAACAAGAAGAUUUUUAUCAGGAAGACUUACAAAAGUUAGCAACUGUCACUAAAAAAGAACACAUGAAAGGGAACGAACUUAUGGAGAGUUUUAAAGCCAGUAAGUUUGUGAUCAAGAUGUCCCGAGAUUCGUACAACCACCUGAAGCGCUAUCUCCAGGAGAACAAAAUGAAGCCCUUGUUAAACAUCAUUCAGGAACACUUGUUUAUUGACGUAUUUGAUGGAGUUCCGAGAACCAAACAACAGAUUGAUGCCACCAGUGGGGCAUUGUUGGGAGAGAGCGAAAGAGACGCAAACAAAGUGAAAGUAUUUUACGGCCUUCUAAAAGAACCAGACAUCAACAUGCCAUUGGAGGAAGAAGAUGAACCCCCAGAGGGGGAGGACAAGCCAAAGAAAAAGAAACCAAAGAAGGAUCCUCUGAUGAUGAAGAAGUCUAAAAACGAUCCCCACGCUCCGGCAUUCAACAGAAUCCCACUACCUGAAAUGAAAGAUCAGGAUAAGAUGGAGAAAAUAACAGCUUACAGAGAAGCCUUGAAAAGAGUAAAAGUUGGCAGAGACAAUCCCCCCACAAUAUGUUUCUACACUGUCCUCAAUUCAUAUCAAGGAGUGACAUCUAUUGACAUGUCGGAGGACUCCAGCCUGCUUUGUGCUGGGUUUGGAGAUUCCACCAUUCGAGUCUUCACCACCUCCAGCCAUAAACUCAGAAGUAUGAAGACCGCUGCAGAACUAGAUAAUAUAGACAGGGACGCAGAUGAUGUUUUGGAGAGGAUGAUGGAUGACAGGUCGGCGACGGACAGUAAACUCCUGACAGGUCAUAGUGGCCCGGUCUAUGCCGCCCGCUUCAGUCGUGACAGGAAGUACCUAGUGUCUUGCUCCGAGGACGGCACAGUGAGACUGUGGAGUUUGCUGACUUGGACAAACCUUGUUUGCUAUAAAGGACACAACCACCCUGUGUGGGACGUAGAGUUCAGUCCGUAUGGCCAUUACUUUGUGUCGGUCGGACAUGACAGGACAGCUCGGCUGUGGGCCACCGACCACCACGUUCCAAUCAGAAUAUUCUCAGGACAUCUCUCCGACAUGGACUGUGUGAAGUUUCAUCCCAAUUCCAACUACAUUGCUACAGGAUCCAAUGACCGCUUCAUCCGCCUGUGGGACAUCCUCAAUGGUAACUGUGUGCGGCUCUUCUCCGGGCACAAGGGAUCCGUGCAAGCUCUGUGUUUCUCACCGGACGGAAGGUUUCUGGCAUCCUCUGGGGUGGACAGUGUUGUACUACUCUGGGAUAUUGCGACUGGGGGAUUGAUGGCUCAGAUGAAAGGUCACACAGACACAGUGUACAGUCUGUGCUUCAGUCGAGAUGGGGGAGUGCUGGCAUCGGGUGGUCUGGACAACAGCGUCAAACUGUGGGAUGUGAUUAAGGUGCUACAGGAAGUGGAUACGGACGCAGACACCAGCAUACCUAGCUCUGUCCACGUGAAUGACAGCACGGGUCUCCUGAUUGGUUCCUGGGCUACCAAGGCCACGCCCGUUCUCUGUAUUCACUUCACCCGCAAGAAUCUGAUGAUAGCAAGUGGGCCUGCUGCUCUCACAGAGGAAAAAUCUCCCCACAAAACAUGAGGAACCCCAUGUUAUAACAUGGGUCAAAGGACUUGAAGAAUUGUGACAAUGAUUGUAUGAUAGUAGAGAGAAGAGAGGAGAUUUUCUUAACCUGAUUAAGCUUCAGCAGCUGUAAGAAAUGAGACACCAUCCAAUAUGCUUGUAAAUGCUGGUGGUGUUUAUCUUGUGAAUGAAGGGAACACUUUGAGAGACCAGUGGAGAAGGAUACCCCUGUAGCUGUGCCAAUUGUGAAUGAAGGGAACACUUUGAGAGACCAGUGGAGAAGGAUACCCCUGUAGCUGUGCCAAUGAUGACACGAGAUGAACUGUGAGGCAUGUGAGUGACACGACGGGUAUAGUGCUACAGAGCAGUACAGUGAUCAAUACCAUGGUAACAUGACAACAUGCUGUUCCCCAUUGACCGUGCUGCAACAGCUCCUGUAAAUCCUGUAAACUAGCAAUAUUAUACCACCUAGUCUUACAGAGGUGGGUUUUUUUCUCUAGAAAAAUGAAAUUGUGGAACUUUAUUACAUGUUAGAUGUGAAAUUGAUAAUAAAAUUGCAGAAAAC